AUGCGUAUAAUCGACCUUGUUCUGCCUGCUAGUGUUACGCUGUAUGCUGCCAGCGACGGUUUCGUGUCUGCCGAUACCGCUCGUGAUCUAAUGUCCUUUGGUGACAUCAGUGAAGAGAGAAGUAACGUCGAAACGGCGGCUCCGAAGAAGAAAAAGAAACAAGCAACCACCUCCGCCUCGGGAUCGGACACCGAUGCCAGCGGAUUGAGCGAUUUGGACAGCUUGUUUGAUAUGAGCAGCAGCGGACUCGACGACUUGCUAUCUUUGAGCGGUAGCGAGUUGGAUGCGAUGCUCGGCUCCUUGCGUGGAAGUAGUCUGGACGACUUGCUGCUCUCGUCAAGUGACAGUGACUCCGGAAGCGCUAGCUCCUCUCUUGAAUCCACCAAUGCACCGAAAAAGAAGAAAAAGAAGGUUACCCCGAUGACAGCCUCGUCGGAAUCAAGUGAGCCGGGAACCGACAUGAGCAGUUCUGUGUCAAGCGACAGCUCCUCUGAUAGUGACUUGGCCGACCUAUUCUCCAGUAGUGACUUGGACGAUCUGCUCUCGAGCAACAGUGCUUCCAGUGCUUUGAAAUCGAGUGAUGACGGAAGUGGCUUAAGUGACUUGCUGUCUUCGUCUUCUGACGAUGGCAACUCGGAAAGCGGAAGUUCCACGAAGACGAAGAAGUCAGCAUCGAAUGGGAACGAAAACAUUGAAUCGUGUACGGGAGGCUGGUGGGGCCAUAUGAAAUCAUGGUGGAAGAAUACUUUUGGUGGUGGUGACAAUUCCGCCUGUUCAUUGGGCUCCGCCUAGAUCAGAUGUAAAAAUGAGCUCAUCAACAUUUUUUUCUUUCGUCGCAACUCGGC